AUCCUGGCUGGGCUGCGUGGCCCAGCCCUGGCUGAAGCAGACGGGGAGUUUUUCUGCGGGGGCUGGGCCCCCCCUGCCCUGCCCUGCCCUGCAGCGCGGAUUGGAUCUGGACAGCCCCAGCCCUUUCCUGGGCGGCCACGGGACUGCAAGUACAAGAGGUAGCCGCCCCGCCGGCGCAGGAGUGUCCCUCGCAGCAUGGAGCCCUGCUGUCUGCUCGGCCUCCUCUGGCUACUCUGCCGAGGCCUCUUGGGCCACUCGGCCGCUGGGACGGACAUCCGAUGCAGUGAGAGGCAGUACGUGCACGAGGGCAGGUGCUGCAACCGCUGCGCCCCAGGAGAGAAGGUGACGGCUGCAUGCAGCGAGGCGUUGGAAUGGUCCACCUGUGCCCCCUGCGAGGUGGGGUCCUUCCAGGCCCACUGGACCAAGGAGAAUCACUGCAUGCCCCACAGAUACUGCGACCCCAAUGUUGGCCUGGUGGUAAAGACGCCGGGGAGUGAGAAACAGGAUGUCACAUGUGGCUGCCAGGUGGGCAUGCACUGCACCAGCGCCCAGUGCCAGACCUGCAAGCUGAACCCCCGCUGCAAGCCAGGCUUCGGGGUUGUGCCAAGAGCCCAGGAGGAUGCGCCCCCCACGUGCCAGCCCUGCCCGGACGGCAGCUUCUCCAAUGUCACCUCUGACAGCAAGCCAUGCCAGCCCUGGAGCAGAUGCGAGGAGCAGGGGCUGGUGAUGAAGGAGAAUGGGACCCGGAGCUCCGACGUGGUGUGUGAGCCACAACGCAGCAGCCCCAGCCACCCCUUGGUCUCGGUGCUGUUCUCUAUCCUGGCUGGCAUAGCCAUCUGCGCUCUGGGGCUCUUCUUGUGUUUGCAUUGCAGAGGUUUCCAGAGACCGCUGCAGAAGCAGGGACAUCCUCAAGUCCCCCUGGAUCAAGAGGGUGCCAUGCUGCUGAAUGUUGUGAAGACAGAGCCACGUCCAGAGCCAUCCGAGGAGGAUGAGAUGCCGAGCGAGCAGACCAUCCCCGUGCAGGAGACCAUGGUGGGCAGGCAGCCUGUAGCCCAGGAGGAUGGCAAGGAGAGCCACGUCUCUGAGCAGGAGAGGCCGUGAGGUGGCGUGGGGCACCCACACCAGGGCCCACUGCCCCGCACGGAUGGAAGCCAGGCCCAGCGCCCGCCGUGCCACCAGGCAGCCCAGGGCACGACUGGCUGCCCGGGGGCCAGGGCACAGCCUGCACCCGUCGCCUACGAGCACGAGAGGUGGUGGAUCCCACAUGGCCAAGGGUGACAUGGCACGGCUGCACGAGGCUGCAGGUCAAGGGUGCCCGCGGGCUGCUGUCGGUGCACGGACGGGGCAGAGAUGCCAGGGCCUGCGAGGACAGUGGGGGACUGAUUGCCCGCGGCAGGACCCCCCAAGGUGGAAGCAGGAAACGGAGGCAUUUUGGGACUCCAUGCUGAAUCUGCCCGUUGGGCAAUAAAGGUCUGGAGGCUGCGCCCACGGUGCCUCCUGGCGCA